AUGCGGAGGACGAAGAUUGCUAGGAGUUUGAAUGGAGAAGAGUUAAAGAAGCAAUGCUCUCGACUUUCAGUUGCCAUACCGGCCACGAGCGGAUAUGAUGGUGCAUGCAGAUCCCUUAAACACCGGAUAAUCAGAGGCUUGAAGAAUGAUAGAGAGCGCUGCUGGAUUCAGAAGGCCCAGGAGACGGAGGAGGCAAUGGCCGCGCCCCGUUUCAACCAGCCGGUCAAAAGAAGGCAGGUGUCAGCGAAACAAUACGCGAAAAAGACCCAAUGGCAAUUUAAUCCCUCAAUCGUCUUGAGUGGUGGGCUGAGCACCUCAAGGAGCGGUUCCAUUGGUCUCUUUCAACACAACCGCCGGAAGAACCUGAAUGGAACAUUGACACCAACUCGCCAUCAGCAGCCGGAAUCCAGUGUGGGAUAUCAAUAUCGAAAUGCGGCAAGACAUCAAGUCCGGAUGGUCUGCACCACACGCUCAUCAACUAAGGUGGCGAGGCCCUGGCGAACAGUCACGAGGGCUGGGAUACUGCCAGGUUGCCCAAGCCUAGACAGGGGAAGUCGAGUGGCGGAGGUCGGAUUCGAACCACGGACCUUCUGGUCAGUAAAUUCUCGCUCUAACCACUUUGGCCAUCUCGCCCCAGAUCCUUCUCGAAUGCAGACGAUUCUAAAUAACUUAAACAACUGUGCCGCACGGUUCGGUAUGUGCUUCACACCUGCAACGUGUGAAGUGCUGCUACAAGACUAG